AUGGCUCCGCCAACGACAAGAAGGAACGUCCAGCAUUCGCCGCCAAGGGCCGCGGUCCAAGCCGCUCAGCCCGAAGGCGAGGGACACCAGGAGAAUGCAGCAGCCCAGCCAAUCCAGCCGGCGCCUCAACCGGUCCAGCCUGCGCCGCAACCGGUCCAACCGGCACCGCAACCGAUCCCGAGCGGACCAGCGGCACAGCAACAACCGGAACAACAGCAACGCGAACUUCAGGCCCGCGCAGUGGAGGAUGUCCAGGACAACAAGGACGAGCGGAAGCAGUUGGCCGCCUGCGCAGUGCCAGUGCCAGUGCGGCUCACUCAAGAGCCUCCGAAGUUCAAGCCCAACGACGACGCGGGCCGAUGGAUCAAACUCUUCGAAAGGGCAGCUUCGCAUAACGCAUGGCAGGAGGAAUUCAAGCUGCAGUCGGCCGAGCUGUGCAUGUCGGGACUCGCCCUCCAGUGGGCAGAAACCCAAGCAGACCGCCUCAAAUCAUGGAAGGAGUGGCGACAGGCUUUCCUGCGACGCUUCGACAGCGGCAGGAUCGCCAAAGCUAAGCAACAGCUACGAAACCUAGUACGAGCGGAAGACGAGUCCCUAUUGGACCACCUCGACCGAGUACAGUGGCUGUGCCACCAAAUCAACCCUUCAAUGGCUGACGAGGACGUGAUCGAGCAUUUCGGAAACACCAUCUCCGAAGAAGAAUUCGCCCACAUCGCAGCAGACGACCUGGUAGCCGACCUGGAGGGAAUCAGACGCGUGCUGGAGAAACGCCAGAGACAGGCCGCGACCAGAAAUAAGGCCCCAGAAGUCAAACACGUUUCGGCCCCGACGGCCACGCUGGCGGCGGUGCGCCCGAGAUCUUCGGAGCUCAAUAGAAGCUUCGACCGCACCGAACCGAACGAAGGCCAGAACCGAGGACGCCCCGAGAAUCGCGGUUACCCAUCGGACCGCCCGCGAGAACCAAAGUACUCUCCGUACCGCAAAAACUUCGCUGGUGACAGGAGAGCCUACGACGGACGCCCGGUUUGUAACUACUGCGAUCGCGUGGGACACAUCGCGAAACACUGUCGGGAUCUCGACGACGGACUGCCGGCAGCGAAGAACCCGCAAAGGUUGCGCCCUCAAACACCACCCGGCGACAUCCCCCGUAGAUCGCCAUCACCACGCCGACACUCGGGAAACGGAUACGGCCGUCCGUCCUAA